AUGUGGAAGUUAGACAGCGUGUCUUGGGACGUGGAAGCCACUCGCUCGAGGAGCUCAUCUCACUGCAUCAACUGCGGUGGUUGGGACACGUAUUGCGCAUGCCUGUCCAGCGUUACCCCCGUCGUGCGUUGUUUGCACUUGCUGGACAGGGCUGGAAGAGACGGUCUGGUGGACAGCCUACAACAUGGAGAAGCC